UCCAUAAUCAAGGGGACAGACAGGAGGAACAGAGACAGAUUGAAGAUUACAAAAUUUUAUUCUUCUUGACUCAGAUGAUGAUGAUGAUGAAGUCAUCUGUGCCCGUCGUGGCCCUGAUCGCACUAGUGGUGUCCAGGGUGCAGGCAUUUGUGUCAGUUGGGGGUAGCGGAAACACCCAUGUGACCAUUACUGGUUAUGCUGUGAUGGAAAAGAUCCGCGAGGUGUGUAAAGCAGUGGCUGAAUCAGAAGGAAGAGAAUUCAAUCCAACGGGCUCAUCACCUGAAGAGCUGCUGCGUGCAUGUCUGGGCACGGCCACAGGUGAGGUUUCGGGAGCCAAGUUCCGCACGGCACUGAAUCAGAUCUACAUGCAGAAUGGAUUUGUGGACCGUGAUUUCAUGGGCAGUGCACCACACCACUUCAACAACGAGGCCUUCACUGAGGGGCGCAACCUCAUCAUUCAGGGGACUGCAGCCAUUAAAGCAAAUGUCCGUACAGACAACCUUCAGUCUGCCAGAGAAACACUGGGGCGAGUGUGUCACACACUGCAGGAUUUUUACAGCCACAGUAACUGGGUUGAAUUAGGGAACAAAAGUCCAUAUGCCAACCUCAUCAGACCAGAUCUCAACAUUGAGAACAUUGCAGACGUUGCAAUGCCAACAUGCAGUGACUGUGCCAGUGGUACCUGUCCAAAUCAGCUGCUCCCUGCCAUUCUGAAUGGGAAGUUCCUCACUUCAGGAUACAUGGGCUUGUUCUCCCCUAACAAACCUCAAGGUAAAUGUAGUCAUGGUGGAGAGACUGAUCUCAGCAGUACCCAGAAUCCUCGAGGUGGGAUCAGUAAAGAUGAGCGCCUUUCCUAUAAUACUGAUCUACACAAUAAUGCUGUGAACCUGGCAUCUGAAGCCACCCUGGAGCUGCUGGAGGACAUCCGUGGAGCUAUAGGAAACAAGGACUACCUUCGGCUGAUGGGUAUUGCACGAUCUGCAGUACUGGCUUUUGUGAUUGACACCACAGGCAGUAUGGCAGACGACAUUGCAGAAGCCAAGAGAGUCGCCUUCAACAUCAUUGACAGUAAGAAAGGAACUCAAGAUGAACCAUCUGAAUAUAUUCUGGUGCCGUUUAAUGAUCCAGAUUUUGGACCACUAAUAAGAACCACAGACCCAGAUGUAAUGAAGUCAGAGAUCUCCAAGCUCAAAGCUGAUGGAGGAGGAGACGCACCAGAAAUGUGCCUGUCAGGACUUCAGUUGGCUCUGACAGGCGCUCCCUCCUCCUCGCAUAUAUAUGUGUUUACCGACGCUCCACCUAAAGAUACACACCUGGAGAAAACCAUCACCGCCCUCAUCCGCAGCACCAAGUCAACAGUGUCUGUCUUCAUGACGACAUCAAGGAGGAAGAGAAGGGCAUUGAAUGUGCGGUCAGACUUUCAGGUGUAUUAUGACAUGGCCUUGGCCUCUGGUGGUCAAGCCAUUGAGGUCUCCAAGUCCAGCAUCUCUCAAGCCACUGACAUCAUUGUUGAUACCUCUACUUCAGCCCUGGUGACAAUUCUUCAGCGCUCCAGAGAUCCAGGACGUGUGGAGAGUUUCUCCUUCCUACUGGAUGAGUCUGUGUCCAACACUACCAUCUACAUCACAGGAAGUAGCCUCACAUUCAACCUACGCAGCCCGACAGGUGUGUCUCAAUCUAACACUGUUGCCAAUGGACCUCUGGGAACAAUUCAGAAAGUAGGAAACCUGCAACGAAUCCAAUUAAAUGAAACUGAGAUGGGCCUGUGGCACAUUGACAUGACGACAACUCAGUCCUACACCAUAAAAGUGAUUGGCCAGAGUGCGAUUACAUUUAUCUACAACUUUGUGGAGGAAUUCAAAGGACCCCAUCCUGGAUAUGCUGUCAUUGAUGGGCGGCCGUCAGCAGGCUCACCGGCUAAGCUGCUACUAACACUGUCUGGAGAGAAAGGUCCAGAGGCUCUAGAGGUGCAGGAGGUCGCUCUCGUGGAGGUGUCUGGGGUCAAAGUGUCUAAUGGGACCAUAGAGAAAAUGGGUGGUGGAGAUUUCCUAGUUACUGUGAAAGAAGUGCCAGAAGGAGAGUUUGUGAUAUUGUUGAAAGGAAAAGACAAGACCCUCUCCAGCCUGUUCCAGAGGCAGACCACCACACAGAUGUCUCAGUCCAAAGUCACUGUCAAGGCAAUAGCAGACAGCUCCAUGCUGCCAGGAGAAGAAUUUAAACUAAAUUUUACUGUUACAACCAACGGAUCAAGUGGGACCUACACAAUUAGUGCAAGGAAUGACAAAAACAUCCCUAUGGCACAUCCAUCAACGCUCAGUCUCGAGAGUGGCGGCAGUGCUCAAGGGACAGUGUCUCUCACUCCUCCUGCUAAUACGGUCUCAGGCACAGAUGUUACACUAACCAUCGAGGCAGAGGGUCCUGGAGGAAGUGAUUCUAACUAUGCUGUCCUUCGCCUUUCUGUUCUCUCCAAGGUGACUGACUUGACACCUCCAAAAUGUGAAAUUGUCGAUGUACAGGGUACUUGCUACUCCUCCUCUUGCAGCUCAUCAAACUGGGAACUGUCUGUCAACAUCACAGACAAUAAUGGCACAGGCAUCGAGAGCAUUUCCAUCCAGCAAGGCAGUGGAAACUUAACCCAGAAGGAAGUGGAAGAUGGUGUGAUGGGUCUAUAUGAGGCCUCAUGUUGUUCAACUUCCGUGACUUUUUCCGCAGUUGACAAGGUCGGGAACGUGGGCAGGUGCAGUUACACCAUGAAGUCUAGCGCAGGCUUUCGCCUCAUCAGCAUGUCCCUCCCUCUGUGGGCAUCUCUGCUUUUAUACGGUUUUCUAAGUGACUCCUUCACUCUGUAAUGAUAUGGAGUUCAUCAACCAAAUACACAAUCAUCCUAACCUUCUAUAAAUAAUAUAUUUUUAAAGCUUUCUCAGAGCUGUGAGAUUGUGUAAAGCAAAGCAUUUCAUCCCAAACAUUUCAUUAUCGGUACUUCCAACUAUGCAGGACUACUAAUGAAGAACCAUGCUAAUGAAGAACCUACAAACCUCAAAAAUAGAUUUAAGUUUUAUAUGAACUCAUCUUACAGGUAGAACUGUAAAUCAGGAAUCAAGUUUUUUUUUUUUUUUUUUUUAUUAACAUGGAAUUUAAUUCAUUUAGACAGUUAUGAUUGUCAUAUUUAACACUAGCUGAAAUAUUUGUAUGACUAAAAUACAAAUUUGAAAAAUUCUAAUGUUGCAAAGAAAUGUAAAAAUGUUUUCUAAUCUACAAUAUUACUUUGUCCAAAUAUAAGAGGAAAAUGACUAUUUUAGUAUAUUUUGUGUAACCAUAUGUUGCCAAUAUAAUGAAUGUCAAUAUAAUUUUACAAAUAUCUGCAAUUACUUCUUAAAACACAUUAAAAAAAAUAUUGUUUUAUGGCUCAGUAACCCCAAUGUACAACUUUUCAAAAUGUAACAUUAUUGUUAAGCACCAUGAACAUAAGGUCUUAUGUUAAUUUGUAUUGUUUUGUUUGCAUUGAAUAAUGCAUGUUGCAACAUGAACAUGUAAUCUAAAUCUCAAGCAGCUAUUCAUAUGUUAAAAUGUAUAGCAGAGCUGUUGACCACUUUACAUAACCAUCUCAUAUGAGUUGUACUCGGCUACACAGUUCAACGUGGUUGUAAUAAAUGCCUAAAAUGAGAAAUUAUAUUCAGUUUUUAACAACUUAUUUAAAGUGACGCUGAUUUUUGUAGA